UUUAUAAGUAAACAAAAAAGAUCGCCUUUUUGGUUGCAGAUCCAUACUAAGAAAACAUAGUUUUCUUUUCUGCUAUAGGAACGGGUUUCCCUCCGCUUUCCGGCUAUGAUCAAGUUUUAAGGGUUUUCUUCAAAACCUUAAUUACUUGCAUAUUGCUCUCUUUCUGGGAAGCUUCUGGGUGUACCUACGAAUCACUAGGACAAUACGACGUUUCCAAAUUUAGAAGUUGUCGCUAGAUAUUAUUGGGAUUGAUUGGAUAAAGCUUCUAGAAAUGGAAAGUUCCAAGGAGAAGAGAGCGGAGAAGAGAGGGUACGAGCUGGUCGACAGUGUCGAUCCAGAGCAUCUAUCCCAAUCAAAGAAGCCAAAACUACCUGGUUUGGCCAGUGUAAUCGUGGAGGCUUUGAAGGUGGAUAGUUUGCAAAGACUUUGCUCAUCUUUGGAACCUCUUCUCAGGAAAAUUGUUAGUGAAGAAGUGGAGCGUGCAUUGGCGAAACUGAGCCCUGUUAAACUGGUUGGAAAUGGAAGAUCUCCACCGCCAAGCAUUGAAGGGCCGGGGGCAAAGAAUCUGCAGCUUCAUUUCAGAACAAGAAUGCCACCACAUUUGUUCACUGGCGGGAAGGUUGAGGGAGAGCAAGGCGGAGCCAUUCAUGUUGUGGUGGUAGAUCCUAACACAGGCCAUGUGGUCCAAACUGGACCAUUAUCGGUUGCGAAAUUGAACAUUGUUGUACUUGAAGGCGAUUUUAAUGAGGAGUCUGAUGAUGAAUGGACACAAGAACACUUUGAAAGCCAUGAAGUAAAGGAGAGGGAGGGGAAAAGGCCACUUCUAACUGGAGAUUUGCAGGUUAUAUUGAAGGAAGGGGUGGGAACCUUAGGAGAUCUUUCUUUCACUGACAAUUCUAGUUGGAUAAGGAGCAGAAAAUUCAGGCUUGGCAUUAAGGUGGCUUCUGGUUGUUGUGAGGAGAUCCGUGUUCGUGAGGGCAAGACUGACGCGUUUGCUGUUAAAGAUCAUAGAGGAGAAUUAUACAAGAAACACUAUCCACCUGCUUUGCAUGAUGAGGUUUGGAGACUGGAUCGUAUAGCAAAGGAUGGGGCACUGCACAAAAAAUUGAUUCAAGCAAAUAUAGUAACUGUGGAGGAUUUCCUUCGUCUUCUAGUCAGGGACCCUCAGAAGUUGAGAAGUAUACUUGGUAGUGGAAUGUCCAAUAGAAUGUGGGAGAACACUGUGGAGCAUGCCAAGACAUGUGUCUUGGGUGGUAAGCUGUUUGUGUAUUAUACCAAUGAGACCACUGAUGUCGGUAUUGUGUUCAAUGAUAUAUAUGAGCUGAGAGGCCUUAUAACUGAUGGUCAGUUCUACUCUUUGGAAUCACUUACACCAAAUCAGAAGAUGUCUGUAGAUUCAUUGGUGAAGAAGGCUUAUGAAAAUUGGAACCAAGUUGUUGAAUAUGAUGGCAAGGUUUUAAGUUCUCUUACAAAUUCCAAAAGUGGAUCGAGAACUGCAGCUCAACCUACAGUACAUCACAAUAACCAUGUCACAGAACAUCAGUAUGCUUCUGCGAAGAAUAGGCUGCAGUAUGUCUCGCCUGAACCAAACCAACACUUCCAAAUGCAAAACAACAACUCUUAUGCUGCUAAUUCGUCUGCAUUUGGGAAAAGUGAUAAUCAGAUUUUAGGGACAGCAUCAAAUGACUCCCAAUUAGCAUUGACUGGCAGCAUGAAUUACAUGGCAAGUCAAAAUCCUGCAGUUGAGGCUGCAUAUUUCCCGGGAGACUGGUCUCGACAGAGAAGUGGGCAAGGACUGGAAGACAUUGUGGCUGGAGAAAUCCGUCUUAGGAGUUCAGAGAUGCUAGAGAGUGAUGAUAUGCAGAGGUUGCUUAAGACACUUAAUGUUGGUUUUGGUCAUCCUAAUGAUGCUUGUUAUUCCUACAGUUUGCAGUAUGAACCUCAGACAUAUCAAACCUUUAGUGAGGAUCACACGAAGCCUUCAGGGAAGGCAGUGGUGGGAUGGCUCAAGCUCAAAGCUGCUUUAAGGUGGGGAAUAUUUAUCAGAAAAAGAGCUGCAGAAAGGAGAGCACAGCUCACUGAGUUGAAUUGAGUUUCAAGAGUCAUUUCAUUCAAUGCAUAUAGCACUUGAGAUAAAAAUGAUAAAGGACGUUGCUGCGUAAUGCAAAGUUAUUGGAGUCGUUGCUUGCCGACUAAACCUGGAACAAGAAGAAGCGUGUUGUGCUGUAUCAGAAUGAACCAUGCUUUAUCUAACUGGCAGUUUACAAUUUAGUUGGCGCACUGUGUUGUAAUGUUGUAACAUGAUCGCCCUCUAUUUAUGUGGGCAGUUUUCUGUUGUUAUUUUGUUGUGAUGUUUUUUUUUUUUUGGUUUCUUUAUCUUCUAUGCAUCAAAAAUUUGUAAUGUGACCUCGUAUGAUAAAUAAAAGGACUACAGCUAAUUUUUCAUUCAUGUUCAA